AUGGGUAUCAAACAGCUGUACCAUGUCAUUGCGGAGGAGGCGCCCGACGCCAUCAAGACCGGCGAAAUCAAAAACCACUUUGGGAGGAAGGUCGCGAUCGAUGCAUCUAUGAGUAUCUACAGCUUCUUGAUCGCAGUUCGAUCGGAUGGUCAACAGCUCAUGUCCGACACUGGUGAAACCACGUCACAUCUAAUGGGGAUGUUCUACCGCACUCUUCGCAUGGUUGACAACGGCAUCAAACCUCUGUAUGUCUUCGACGGCGCACCACCAAAGCUCAAGUCCGGCGAAUUGGCAAAACGGUUUGCGCGGAAGAAUGAGGCCAGUGAGCAGGCCGAGGAGGCAAAAGAGACAGGAACCGCAGAGGAAGUGGAGAAAUUCUCCAGACGAACUGUCAGAGUGACCAGAGAGCACAAUGAGGAGUGCCGAAAAUUGCUCAAGUUGAUGGGAAUUCCUUACAUUAUCGCCCCAACUGAGGCGGAAGCACAAUGCGCUGUUCUGGCCCGCGCAGGAAAGGUGUAUGCAGCUGCGUCAGAGGAUAUGGACACACUUUGUUUCGAUUCUCCGAUCCUGCUACGACACCUUACCUUCAGUGAACAGCGCAAGGAACCUAUUCAGGAGAUCCACCUUGACAAGACCCUGGCGGGUUUGGGGAUGGACAGGACGCAGUUCAUUGACCUAUGCAUUCUCCUGGGUUGUGACUACGUCGAUCCAAUCCCCAAGAUCGGGCCGAAUACAGCAUUGAAGCUCAUCCGCGAACACGGUACCCUUGAAAAUGUAGUCGAGUUCAUCGCGAAUGACCCCAAAAAGAGAUAUACACUCCCCGAGGAUUGGCCCUACCAAGAUGCGAGAGAGCUUUUCCUGCAUCCUGACGUUCGAUCGGCUGAAGAUCCAGAAUGCGAUUUCAAGUGGGAGGCGCCUGACAUGGAAGGCCUCGUACAAUUCCUUGUCAAUGACAAGGGCUUCAAUGAGGACCGUGUCCGGAGCGCAGCACAGAAAUUGCAGAAGAACGUCAAGACAGCACAACAGUCCAGACUCGAAGGAUUCUUCAAAGCGGUGCCAAAGUCAGAGGAUGAGAAGAAAGAUCUGAAGCGCAAGCACGAUGAAAAGAUUGCCGAAGCCAAGAAGAGAAAGAAAGAAGAUGCAAAGACCAAGAAAGAUUCCAAGACGAAAACACAUAUCUCACGAUGA